AUGACCAGCACGGCUAACCUGACUUCCGUUGUUCACGAGAACAUUGAACUUGAUGAAUCAUCGACCAGAGAGCCUACUGAAGGUGUCAGUCAUGCCUACCCUGAAGGAGGCCGUGAGGCGUGGAUGUGCCUCUUUGGCUCCGCCCUGAUGAUGUUCCCGUCAUUCGGAUUCCAGGCUGCCAUUGGGACGGUACAGGAUUUCCUCAGUCAGAACCAGCUCGCGCACUACAGUGUCAGCCAAAUUGGCUGGAUUACAGCGAUGCUGCUCUUUGUAACUCUUUUCUUCGGUGUGCAGGUGGGGCCCCUGUUUGACCGCUACGGGCCCAGAAUGCUGCUGGUAUCUGGUUCUCUUGCGAGCUUUGCUUCGUAUAUCCUCCUCGCUGAAUGCUCCAAGUUCUGGCACUUCAUUCUCUGCCUGGGUAUCUUCAGCGGCUCUGCUGCAGCAGUCGUCACGACCGUCUCAAUAUCAGUCCUUAGCCACUGGUUCUUCCGACGCCGUGCUCUGGCCUCUGGCCUCUGCAUGGCUGGCUCGUCUGCAGGCGGUGCAAUCCUGCCUAUCGUGCUCCGCCACCUGUUCCCAAUGUACGGCUGGAAGUGGUCAAUCCGGAUUAUCUCCUUCAUCGCACUCGCCUGCUACGCUGCCGGAAUCGCCCUCGUCAAAGGCCGCCUCCCUCCAAGCCCAAUGCGCAGAGCCACAAUCGAUGUCGCUGCCUUCAAAUCCGCACGUCUCAGCUUUCUUGCCAUGGCUGUUUUCAUUUUCGAAUUCAUCAUCUUCGGCUGCGCGGCUUUACUCCCAACGUAUGUCCGCUUGUCCGGCCUAUCCAAAGACGUCCAGUUCUAUUCCGUCACUCUACUGAACAGUAUGAGUCUGCUCGGCCGCAUCCUCCCCGGCUUUGCUGCAGACCUGGUCGGCCGCUUCAACAUCCUCCUCUCCCUCGUCACCCUCACCUUAAUCGUCAUGGCGACCGUCUGGCUCCCUGUCAGUUCCGCAAGCGAAGCAACUCUAUACGCCGUCGUCGCGAUCUUCGGCUUCGGGUCCGGCGGCUGGAUCUCGUUGGUGCCCGUCUGUGCUGGCCAGCUGUGUCGGACCGAGGAAUAUGGACGAUUCUAUAGUACUGUCUAUGCGGUUGCGUCGUUUGGUGUGCUGAUUUCGGUGCCUGUUGGUGGAGAGGUGCUGUCCAAGACAACGCCUCAGAUUCUUAUCGGCUUGUAUUCGGCUGUUUUGGUCGUUGGUUUGGCGUGUGUGGCUUUGUCGCGGUGGGCGUUGUUGGAUUGGCGGUGGAAGUGGACGGUCAAGGUUUGA